AUGGCAACAAACGGAGACAUGUUUGUUGAUUUAGAUAACCCUCAAAGCGGCGACGACAAAAAGGGUUUAUUAUCACCGUCCGACAUAAUCAAACCAUUUCUCGAACCAGAUGAGUAUAUAGAAGAGGUUGGGGAUUGUGGGUUGUAUCAAAUAAGAACACAGUUUAUUUUCUUGCUGUUUGUGUUGCUGCUAACAUCACAAAUCUUCAUAAGUUACUUUGUUGUUCACGAUCCACCUUGGCAAUGCAAACAAAACAGUACCUUGUGUAACUACACAUCACCUAUCUUUUCGCAAGAUCAUGUAAAGUUUAAUACCAGAUGUGAAAUACCACGAAGUGAAUGGGAAUUUACAAAACCUAGAGAAUAUUCUAUUGUUACUCAGUUUGAACUGGUAUGUCAUCGAGAGUCUUACGCCACAGCUGCUCAUUCGAUGGUCUUCAUUGGUAUGGGCGGUGGCGGUUUACUGAUGGCAUAUCUUAUGGAUAAAUUUGGGCGUAAAACAGUUUCAUUUCCAUGCACGUUUACUGUUAUAUUUUGUGCUCUUCUUUCAGUUGUUGCUAAUAACUUGAUAUUGUUUAUAAUUACUCGCCUUGUGAUUGGUAUAGCCCUCAGUGGAGGAGCGGUUUUUGUAUUAGCUGCUGAAAUCUCUGGACCAAAAUAUCGCGCGCUCUCCUCCACAAUGAUUUGGAUUUAUUUUUCUGCUUCAAUGGUUUUAUUAACUACGUCUUCGUAUUUGUCACAGAACUGGAAGAUGGUGGAGGUCACUAUGACUGUUCCCUUUUUACUACUGAUUCUCACUUGGAGAUACUUCCCGGAAUCAAUACGAUGGAUGAGGGUCAACGGUAAACUUGGAGAAGCUGAAAAAUUAUUAAAAUCAAUGGCAAAGAUAAAUGGCAAGCCGGAACCUUAUGCAAGACUUCGCAAGGAAUCUCAAACACACAAAACUGCAACAUUUUUGCAUCUAUUUUAUCCAUUGCAAAUUUUUGUGCAGACUGUAAUACAAGCUUUAGCAUGGUUAGUAGUCCUAUAUAAUAAUACGAUAAGGCUGUCUGUGUGUGUCUGUCUGUACCUUCUGUUAUUGAUGUAAUACUAUUUCAUCACCAUUUGUCAUCUUUGAUGUGUUUAAUCAAGAACGUCGUGCACUUGUUAUGAUAUUUGCUUUAAAUCUAACUUAACAUUUUUACUGUUCGAUUUAUUCAACCAUUAUUUUGCUUGCUUUAGGCUUUUCUUUUUUUUUUCUUUUUUCAUCCUUUAGUAUUCAUACCAACAGGAGUGGUGCUGUUUUUAGCUUUAUCAUUAGAUAUGGAGAAAGACGAGCUACAAUUUUUCACAAAUUCUUUCUUUUGUUUGUUAAAAUCCAGUAAAAAAACAUCCGACUAGUGAACAUCCUGUCCUGAUAUACACAGCAAAUUAAAUCGACGGGAACCUUUCUUGAUUGUGCUUACUCCUAACAUAUAUAUGUCCAAAAGUGCAUAAUUUCUGUACACACCUUUUACAUUCUCAUAUAGGUUUGUGACUGGGCUUACCUAUUUCGCUGCUACAUUUGCUGCUCAAGAUUUAAGUGGAAACUUUUACAUGGAUUUCAUAAUGACGAGUAUCAUAGAAGUACCUGGCAAUAUUGCGGUUAUUAUAUUUUGUAACAAGUGAGUCAGAUUUAAGGUGAUAGAUAAACAUAUAUAUUUAUUUGUGUUUAAAAAAGAAGAAAUACCUGCAGUGCCCAUCAAAUUGUCAGUGAGCCUUUAAAAUGUUUGUGCCAUGGGAGGAAAACAACAACGCCUAUUUACAAGUUAGUAUUAAUCAGUUGCAAAUCAAAUAUAAGGUCGUCAAUAUCUGCUGGUGACCAAGCGGUAGAUUGUUUGCUUCUGAUAGGGGAGAAGCAGCGUAUUAAAACCCACAGCAAGAUAACGUCUAUCAACAUAAAUUGAUUUUUUGCACAUCAUGAGAACAAGAAUAAAGUUUUUGCAGUUGCCUAUUUUGACUGUAAUGCUUGCACUGAUUUCGUAGCUAAAAAGGCUUAAAGGCUCUGCCUUUAAACGUACUAUCAUUCGUAACAGUACCAAUAGGAACCAUAAAGGGCAUUGUAGCUCUUCCCUCUAUAAUUGUAGCGAUGCAUUUAUAUAAUUGUUUUUUAACUUUCAGAAUUGGACGCAAAAAAGCAGUUAUUUCACAUUUUUAUAUCGCUUCUGUGGCGUGUGCUAUGGUAGCAUUCAUUCCAUUGGAAUCUAAUAACCACU